GUGAGACCGGUGCGGGGUGAGAUCGUGUGUAUGCGACGUCGUCAGUCGUCACUCGUCGUCGGUACUCGGUCCGCGGUUGUCAUUCGUACUCUCUUCGUGCUAUAGCACGUCGGUCGACAGGUGCCACGAUACAUACGUGCAUAACGAGGUGGCGUAGAGCGUAGAGCAAACCGUGUGUGUGAAGGGGGUUGUGUGUCGUAGGUACCCUCUCACGCGCCUGCCGCUGCCGGAGCGCUCGUCAUCGUCAUGGCUCCGUACGCGUGGUCCUUCCGUGGGAAUCUCAAUCGGUUCCUCGUCGACGUGCCAAUCCUGCAGUGCCUGAUCGUGCUGAUGGGCCUCUUCAAUCUCUCUCUGUGCCUCUACGAGGAUCAGGUCGGUAAAUUCGAUUGGAGGCAGAACUACGUCGGGAAAAUUAAAUUCGCCAGCUUCGACACGGUGUCCACGGCGAAGAAGAUUAUCGUCGCUACCGAAGAGAACGUUAUUGCCGCGCUUAAUCUGAAAUCGGGCCAAAUAUUGUGGAGGCGAGUGUUGGAGAAAGGUUAUGGCGGGCAUAUCAGAACACUGGGAGGUGUCGCGGACGGAGAUCUGAUAUCCGUAAGUGGAGGUGUCCCCGCCAUCGUUCGUGCCUGGGAUUUGGCGACCGGGCAUAUAAUUAACGAAUGGCCGAUAGCCGAGCCGAAUAGCGACAGGAUAAAAGAUGUAAAGUGGCAUAUCAAAGAUGGAACGUUGCAUCAUAUAUUACCUAUUUAUAAUAGCGGAGUGGAAGUAACGUCUUACGAUAGCAAAACUGGAGAGAAGCUAAAGACUCGGAGGGUUUCUGCGCCAUUUAUAACUCGAGAAACGGAGUGUGUUCUAGCAGCUCCAUACUUGGCAUGUUUAAAAGGAGACAGUUCUCUAGCUGUAGUAUUCUUAGUACAUCUAUUCGAUACUAAUGCACAGUCACAAUCAGUUACGAUAAAUACAAUAUUUGGGGCUGGCGCCCAAGGGCCGUAUAAACUAGAGUCUGUACUCGGAGAAGGACCUGUAAUUUCUAUUAAUGCCGAUAACGAUCAACGAAAGCGGAUUUUAGUUAUCGGAGAAUUUCCGACUCCCAUACAGAAAGACAUCGACGGUGAUGCAACUCUUUAUGUUGUCUCCGUUGACAAUGAGAAGAUACUUUUGGAAACAACAUAUAAAAAUGGAAAAAUAGAAAUAACGGCUACAAAUCUGUUAUCGUCCGCACUCAUACCUGAUUUGUCGGUUACUUUGACUCACGCUUCUAUACAAUCGUCAACCAUAAUGGCAUCCGUUUGCCCGCGGCAAACGAAAGGCGUAACAUGUCGUCAUUUGUUAUCCUCGCAAGAUCACAGCAUCGCGUUGUUACAACACAAUAAACUGGUGUGGACAAGGGAGGAAGCACUCGCCAGUAUUGUGGCCGUUGAAAUUAUGGAAUUACCUAUGUCUGACAGAGAUCAAGCUAUCGAAACGGAAUUCGAUCAGAAAGAGAGUAUUGAUGUAGACAGUUCAUGGGACGUUCUAAGUAUGUUUCUUCGAAGGAUUACGUCACAGAUUAACCAGGCCAGAGCAUUCUUUCAAACGAUACUGGAUUUGGUACCUCAGCAAUCCAAUCAACGUAUUGAUCUGGUGCAAGAUAAAUUUGGCUUGCAUAAAAUGAUCGUGGCCGUUACAUCGGCUGGAAAGCUGUAUGGUAUCGAAACCAGAAAAGGCGAGAUUAUCUGGCAACUCAGGCUGCCUAAUAUUCGUGGUUUUACAAAAUUGUCUAACAUGAUGAUUUUGUACGUGCAAAGGGGCAGCAGACAUUUCCCUCACCCUGCUCAGUGUGCGUUGUUAGCAGAAGACAAGGAAACCGGAGAGGGUGUUAUAUUUACUUUUAAUCCGAUUACCGGACAGUUCUUGGACGGACUGGUGAAACUUGGUUACAAAAUAAAACAGUCUAUGUUAUUGCACGUAGCGACCGAUGACUUUUUACGUGGUAUUCUCAUUCUUGAUGCGCGGGAUAAGGUUCAUGUUUAUCCCGACAGCGCUACCGCAGUUGCAGCUUCACUCGGGAAAAACACGUACCUCUUUACUGCCGAUCAAACUACAGGAAUAUUAUCCGGCUUCUCUCUUUCAUACAGCACAACUCAGGAACUAAUCGCCCAUAAAGUAUGGGAGUUGUUGCUGUCGCCAAGAAACCAAAGAAUAACGCAAGUCGUGUCGAAAAAUCCGAUAGAGCGUGUACACUCCCAAGGAAGAGUCUUAAGUGAUAGAUCAGUGUUGUAUAAAUACAUUAAUCCUAAUUUAGUGGCCGUAGUGACAGAAGGCAUCGGACAUGCCCAUAAAAAUACGCUUAAUUUAUAUCUACUAGACGUAGUAUCCGGGGCAAUGAUUUUUUCUAUCACGCACAAAAGAGUACGUGGUCCAAUCCAUAUUGUGCAUUCGGAAAAUUGGUUGGUUUACAGCUAUUUUAAUGAGAAAGGACGUAGAACAGAAAUCGCUACGUUAGAACUCUACGAAGGAAAGAUACAAAGCAACACUACAGUAUUCUCUUCUUUAGCAACAACAAAAUUGCCAAUUGUAGAAAGACAAGCUUUCAUUUUUCCCGCAUCUAUAGAAUAUAUGCAGGAAACAAUCACAGAAAAGGGUAUCACAAGCAAACAUAUAAUAGUGGCUUUAGCCAAUGGUGGAAUAUUAGAAUUGCCAUGGAUGAUGGUGGAUCCACGACGGCCUAUUAAUCCUGAAAUGCGAGAAGAAGGAGUAAUACCGUACAUGCCAGAGAUUCCAGUCCAUAUGGAUGCUAUUAUUAAUUAUAAUCAAAGCGUUUCUAGGGUUAUGGGUAUUCAUACUAGUCCCAGUGGCCUUGAAAGUACUUGCUUAGUUUUUGUACAUGGUCUUGAUCUGUUUUACACAAGAGUAGCACCAUCUAAAACAUUCGACGUCCUAAAGGAGGACUUUGAUUAUUAUCUUAUUGUGAUAGUACUCGCGGCGCUGUUGAUCUCAUCGUACAUCACCAAAAAAUUAGCAUCCCAAAAAGCUCAAAAGCAAGCAUGGAAAUGAUGCCUCGUUUUUCUAGAAUUGUGUAAUAUUUAUGAAUCUGUUCACUAUAGGCAAGAAUUUUUCCUAAGCAUAACUUGUAAGAUAUACUGUUUUAUAAAUAGUUAAUUUUAAAACACAAGGUAAAACGCUAAUACUUUAUUAUCUUACCUAAAAAUCUUUCAAUCGUAAAUCCUAAAUAAAAACAUACGUAAAAAAAUAUAUUUUACUUUGUUAAUUUGGUACAGAACGCACAUAUGCGACGAUGAGUCUAAUUAUUUAAAGAAUGAUGAUCAAUGUAUGUACGAGAGUGGACCAUGAUCAUUGAUCGUUAUAAUAUUGAUGAUUGAUUGAUCAUUAAACUAUCAUUAGAAUAACUGAUAACAUGCUCAAGAAUUGCUUUUUUAUUAAUUGUACAGCAAGUUCUGUAAAAGGUAGGAAAUUUUUUUUUCGUUAUUUGUACACUUUCAAUAUAAACCAACAAACAAAAAUCGGCAAUUUUUAUAUACAUGGAGACAUGAAUAAAAUUAUGUUUAUAAUGCAUUUUUUGCAAUAAAAAUAUUAAAAUAUCAAUAUAUAUGAACAAUGGUAAAUAGAGAUAGACAUCUGUUUGGUACAACAAACGAAACAUGUGAUUAUCAUAUAUUAAGUAUCAUGAUAAUCUAUAAUAACGUUAAUAAAUAAAUAUUAAGAUAAUUUUACUUUCACGGUUGCAAAAUAUGAGAAUUUGCGUACGAUAUAUUUUAAUUGCAUCUUUCUCUGUAAUCCAUAAGUCUUCGUAAAUAAUUAUUUAUAAAGGUAUAUGUAAGACUAUGCAUUUUACUUGUAUAUUAUAGGUAUUUCAAAUUUCUCGCAAAUUCUUGUGAUAAAUUUUCUUAAGAAUAUCAUCACAUAGAAGGCUUACAAGAAAUAUAAAGAAAUGUGAUUUCAAAAGAAUAAAAUUGUUCUUACUGUUUA